AUGUCCUUUUACAACCUCCACGUGCAAAAUCCCUGCCCCUCGCCCUACACCUUCCCUUUCCAGCAACCGCACCCCUUCUACUCCCCGUACUCCCCGUACUCGCCAUACGCGCACUACCUGGCCCAGGCGCAGCAGUACCGUUACACUCCGUACUACCCGUCCUCCUACCCGCCGUACCAGCCUCCACAGGCUCCGCAGCAACCGCAGCAGCCGCAGCAGCCGCAGCCGUACCAGCCGCCGCAACCCGCCUACCAACCGCAACAGCCGCCGCAGCAACCACAAGGCUACGGCGCGGCCGUCGCGGGAUACACCGGCCCGCAGUACACGCACCCCAUCGCGCCGGGCGUGCAGCUGGACCGCUUCGGCCUGCCGGUCGUCGACAACGACCCGCCGCUGCAGUACGCCCAGACGUUCCGCCUGGAGGAGAAGGUGCUUAGCGCCAGCCGCGACUCGUUCUCCAUCAAGGAUGCGCAGGGCGUGCUCCGUUACAAGGUCGACGGCUCCAUCUCCCUCCACGACCGCAAGUCCAUCUCGGACAUGCACGGCCGUAUACUCCUCAAGCUGCGCGAGGCCCGCCUGCACCUGCGCGACCGCAUCACCAUCUUCGCUCCCACCGACGUCGCACUAAUGAUCCUGCAGAAGACCACCGCCAUUCAGUUUGGCACGAAGAGGGUCCACGGGUAUAUUGGCGGCCACAUUAAGCACGCCCCCGACCUCGUCAUCACUGGUAAUCACAAUAAGACUUACUACAAAAUUAUGAACUCGAGGGGGCAGGAGAUCGCGGACGUGCGCAGGCAAAAGUUUUCGCUUAAGAACAUGCUCACGGACCAGGACACGUACCACGUCACGGUCAAGGCCGGGUCGCCCGCGUUCGUCUGCUUCCUCGCCGUCGUGCUAGACGAGAUCUAUGACGAUUAACAACGCGGUAGCGUAGCAUCGGAGUAAAAUUGUGCUGUUUUACGCCCGCGCCUCACUGUCAGGUGCAUCGCGGUGUCGCCGGUACUCCGUCAGCCUGUAAAACAGUGCAUGAAAUAAACGCGCGCGCGCCGAUGUUUUUCCGCCCAGGCGCGCGUCUUGUUAAUCAGUU